UCAUGUGUCCUUGUCUGGUUCAUGAUCAGUUCAGUCUCAGCAGUCACAGAUGAAGAUAAACAAGUGUAUGUUGUGUACAUGGGCUCACUUCCAUCUCGACUGGAAUACACACCAAUGUCGCAUCACAUGAGUAUUCUUCAAGAAGUCACUGGAGAAAGUUCAAUCGAAGGUCGUUUGGUGAGAAGUUACAAAAGGAGUUUCAAUGGGUUUGCGGCUAGACUUACUGAGUCAGAAAUGGAAAAGGUAGCCAAACUGGAUGGAGUUGUGUCUGUGUUCCCGAGCAAGAUGUACAAAAUCCAAACAACAGGGUCUUGGAACUUCAUGGGGUUAAAGGAUGGAAAGGAUACAAAACGAAACUUGGGCGUAGAGAGUAAUACUAUUAUAGGAGUCAUCGAUACUGGGGUUUGGCCGGAAUCCGAGAGCUUUUCUGAUAAAGGCUUUGGUCCUCCUCCGAAGAAAUGGAAAGGUGUUUGUUCUGGUGGAGCAAAUUUCACAUGCAACAACAAGUUGAUAGGGGCAAGAGACUACACAGGCGAAGGUGUAAGGGACAUUUUUGGACACGGUACACAUACAGCGUCCAUCGCGGCUGGAAACGCUGUUGCGGACAUAAGCUUCUUUGGAAUCGGCAACGGAACGGUGAGAGGUGCCGUUCCAGCCUCCAGAAUCGCAGUUUACAAAGUCUGCCUCAGAAAAGGUUGUACGUCAGAAGCUAUACUGUCUGCGUUUGAUGAUGCGAUCGCCGACGGUGUUGACCUCAUCAUUCUAUCUCUCGACGGAUAUAUCACAUCCUUCGAACAGGAACCGAAUUCAAUCGGAGCUUUCCACGCUAUGGCCAAGGGAGUCCUCACUGUGAACUCGGCUGAUAACAGUGGACCGACUCCGGCCUCUGUCUCGAGCGUAGCACCUUGGAUUUUCACCGUUGCAGCAAGCAACACGAACCGUGGGUUUGUCAACAAAGUUGUUCUUGGAAACGGCAAGACAAUUGAGGGCAAAUCAGUGAAUGCUUUUGAUCUGAAAGGAAAGAAGUACCCCCUGGUGUACGGGAAAUCUGCGGCUUCGCCUGCCUGCGACACGGAUUCUGCCAAGAAAUGCUUGGCAAGGUGUCUAGAUGAAUCCCUGGUAAAGGGGAAGAUCUUGGUAUGUGCUAGUUCUGAUGGUCUAUCAAUAGCUCACUCAAUGGGAGCUGUUGCAUCCAUUAUUAUUAACCCUUCAGACUAUGCAUCCAUCCACGCUAUAUCCUUCUCUGCUUUAUUACCAGAGGACUUUGACUUACUCGUCUCUUACAUUAAUUCCACAAGAUCCCCAGAAGCGGCUGUUCUGAAAACUAAGACAAUCUUUAAUCAGACAGCUCCAAAAGUUGUUUCCUUCUCUGGCCGCGGACCAAACAGAAUUGCUUCUGAUAUUCUUAAGCCGGAUAUAACAGCACCAGGAGUGGAGAUCCUCGCGGCCUAUUCACAUGUGGCUUCACCUGUACCACCCUACAAACAAGAGAAUGACACCAGACGUGUAAACUACGCUGUACUUGCUGGAACCUCGAUGGCUUGUCCGCAUGCUGCCGGCGUGGCUGCAUACGUCAAGACAUUUUAUCCUGAAUGGACUCCUUCCAUGAUUAAAUCGGCCAUCAUGACAACCGCUUGGCCUAUGAAUGCUACUGGAACUGGCGUGGCAUCGGCCGAGUUUUCCUAUGGAGCUGGACAUGUCGACCCAAUAGCAGCUCUUAACCCCGGACUCGUAUAUGAACUGGACAAAGCAGACUACAUUGCCUUUCUCUGCGGCAUGAACUUCAAUGUGACUACCCUGAAAAUCAUCGCAGGCGAAGCCGUCACUUGCACUGAAAAUAUCUUACAGAGGAACCUUAACUAUCCUUCCAUGUCAGCUAAAUUAUCGAGAUCAGAUAGCUCUUUCACCGUCACUUUCAACAGAACCGUCACUAACGUCGGUGCCCCCAACUCUACAUACAAAUGCAAGGUACUUGCAGGUCGCGGUUCUACUCUCAGCGUUAAGGUCUCCCCUAGUGUUCUAUCUAUGAAGUUUGUGAAUGAGAAGCAGUCUUUCACAGUGACUGUUUCAGGCAGCAAUGUUGACCCAGAACUGCCUUCCUCCGCAAGUCUAAUCUGGUUUGAUGGCACUCAUAACGUGAGAAGCCCCAUUGUUGUUUAUACUGAUGAGGCCUCAUACUAG